AUGUCCUCUACUGGUACUUGGCAAGGUGUUGUCCAUGCACACCUUAUUUGGCUGCUUUGGUUCAUGGACAGUGUUCGGGCACAAUAUGGACUAACCUAUAGGGAACCACGGCUGCAAAAUCCCAAGACGAUCAUCUAUGAGGUCACUAUUGUAGUCCAACAUCAUCCGCUAUUUAUCACAGCUGGUGACCGUGCCUAUCGUCUAAACUGCAUUUAUAGACAAGCGGAUGCAUUGCUUACUCAGAAAAUCAAUGUGAAUGACCCCACUCCACAGGCAAUAGAAGGCAAAUCUACGCCACAAUGUCGCUACGAUGUGUUAUCCUCGGUCAAUGGUCCAACAUUACGUUUUGCCAAUGUUGGAGAGCCUGUGAUCCACAAAUGGAGCUGUAAUUCUGAACUGCAUGGCUUUGUGGUUCACUCUUGCGUGGUUCGAAAUCCAUCAGGAGAAGAAUAUAAACUCAUCGACGAUCGCGGAUGCGUUAUCGAAAAACAACUUGUGCCAGAUGUCAAAUACGAGAAAGACCUCUCUUCUGCAUACACGACUAUUAGUGCCUUCAGAUUUGCUGAGCAAAUAGUGGUACAUUUCUCUUGUCAGAUUACGCUAUGUCGGAAGCAUGAGCAAGGUUGCGAGGGUAUCGCGCCUCCGACGUGUGUCCCAGUCGAGUUUCCUCCAAUCCGUACCUUCUAUCGGCAUACUCGUCCAUUUGAACCCGCUGAAGCCACAACUCAGCCAGGGCCACCAUCAACAUCAGAAAUUUACGGCUUGGGAUCGGGCGAAUUGGUCACGAAAACUACCGUUAGGCCAACGACAACGACUACGCUUUCGAAUAGGGUCGAGUCUGUCGCAAAUUUCCACGAUCCGCUAGCUUCUGCUCCAAUCCCUCUGCCAAAAAGGGGCGAAGAAGGACAAGACGCAAAUGUGGUGUGGUCCAGUGGAGAAUCACCCGAAUUUGGCAUUGAAAUCGUCAAAACGCCUUCAUCAGCACCACAUCGCAUGUUUCCGGAAGUACCAAACGACUACCGAACUGAGACACUCUCGUCCGUUUAUGAUGUACCACUUGGUCAUGAUCUAGACCCAAUGCCAAGACCUGCUCCAGCACAAAUAUAUUACGCCAGCAAGAGGAAACCGCGAAGUCAUAAGCUCCCGGCUACUGAGAAUAUCACGCUGGAAGUGGAAGCAAAAAAACUAAUGGUCUUUUCUGAUGAAUCUGAUCGGUUAGAUGUUCCAUCGAGUAAUAGCGAAGAUCCAGGUGAUAAACGCUGUGAUCGGAUAAUAAUUAGUCAGACUGUAUUUUUGAGUGCAGCAGCAUUGUUACAGGCCACCUCAAUAGCUGUGAUCUUGAUUCAAAGGCGAUUAUACAAGCGAAACGUAGAAGAAUUACUGUUGCGAAUUCCAUCGAGACCCUUUUAAUCACUUGUUUGUACAAAGUUGUUAACUUCCUUUUCAUUAACAUUUACGUAGGAUGUUGUUUUCUCAUGUGUAUUUCAUCAUGAUGCUCAAAUUUGUGAAUCGACUCAAAUGUGAUUUUCUUGUUCCAAUGAAGUCCUCGGUACG